CCUGGCAUCAGCGUCUACGUAUGAAUGUCUGCCCAAGCCCUCUUGGUUUUGCUUAACGCUUACAAUUGGACUGGAUUCUGAUACGAAUUGAAUCGUGUAUGUAGCUGGGGCAGACUCCUCAGAUUUACGGACGUUCGAAUGUCUUUCGAAGAAUGCGUGAGGUUCAAGUGGCCAUAAGGCAACCUUAUGGGAGGGAAAUGGCAUAAAGGAUGCACAAUCCCCACGCUAGUUACUACGGAGUUGACGAGACUCUUGAAUAGAUUGUGUACGGAGAGCAGAUCCAACUAUUCAUUGUGGAAAAGGACUUCGGUGUGGAAGGUGCAUCCGAUUCAGGACUGGCAUUGUGAAGUCAGUGUCGUGCUAAAAGAGUGUUUAUUUACGAAAAGUGCUUGUUGUCUUGUGUACGUUUUUUACGGGAAGUUUGGGAACAUAAUGACUUGUUCGUAUUGAGAAGUUAAGUGGUCACUUCCCCUCAAGACUAGACUUUAAAUUUGAACAAAAGCCGGGAAACAAUAUUACGUUUCAAAAUUGCAUCGAGUGGAAGACAAUUACGAAAUCCGAGUAGUGGCAUUAUCGAUUUAUUGAUUCAGUCUUUCCCGGGGAUAAAGGCGGGGAGUGAGCUUUGGCGUUACCACUCUGUAGCCUCCAUACGCUAUAGCGUUGACCUCAGCGUCAGCCGCGACGACUGCAUAGCAGGAGCCUUUGGAUCAAUACCUUCACCAAUGCUGUUACAUCAGGCGCGAGAAUUGAGUUGAGUUCACUUGUAUGUCGUGUGCACGUCGAAGCUGAAUUGGGAAGGCGCAAAACAGAAAACGGGAGAGCUGUGCAUAACAUAUGGUGAAAAUGAGUUCGAUUGCAGCAGAGAAUUACCAUCUGAAAUGGGACUCACAUUUAUCUUAUCUGAAUUUAUCUCUCAACACUUUGUACAAGAACGAGAAAUAUGCGGAUGUUAUGCUGCUGGCCGGUAACGUGGAUAGUGGACCUCCUAUACCAGCCCAUCGAAUCAUAUUGAGCUCCUGCAGCCAUUUCUUUGCAUCAAUUUUCGAAGCAAUACCAUCUUCGGUAAAUAACUCCACAUACAUUGUCCUUCCGCCAGAGCUGAGUCGGAAAGCUAUCCAAAUCCUUGUACAAUACAUGUACGUUGGCGAGGCAACGGUUUCCAACGAUAUCCUAACAGAAGUGUUACGAGGAGGUGAAAUCUUAAAAAUACGCGGCCUCUGUCGCCAGCACAGUAGUAGAGAUAAUCACCUUCAUCUGAAUGAAUCAAAGGCGCCUACAAGCAUAAACGCACAAAAUUGCUUAAGUCAUUCAAAUAGUAUUAGUCACGAAUCAGAACUACGCGGAUUAGGUGCUUCGGCUACAGUAAUUCCGAAAGAGAGUCCUGUGAUUGUUAUGUCGCCUAAAGUUCAAUCUACACCAUCGGUCACUGCUCCACCAUUACCAGCACCGAGUAUAAUGGUGAAUAAAGAAUACGCUAUUGAUCCUGACGAGUUGAAUAAGAGUCAUUCAUUUAUUGGGGCCACUUCACACCUUUCGCGGAUUGCUAAGAAAUUGCAAACUAACAGUAGUUCUGUGUCAAGACCAUGUCCUCUGUCUUCUCAAGAUUCAAUGUUCGUAAGGGAUCGAGAACGUAUGCGUCGACAUAGUGAAGACGCCUUACUAUCUUCAAGAAGUUCAGAUAUGUACAGGGAUGAGGUUUUAAACAUGUCAAGGAGAACAUCUCCGGAUCAAGAUAUCAUGGAUCGAGCGUUGCAUAAGAAGACUAGCGUACCCGAGCAUAAGAAUCAAAGCAUGGAGAAUGAUGUCUUCAGGAAGGAUCACAGUUUAUUUUCAGGGGAAUGUCCCUUAGAAGACAGCCUAACUGAAACACUUGACCUCUUACCAAUUAAAGAAGAACCAUCUGAAUGGUCUGGCGAUCAUGGCUCCAAUUGUGGAUCUUCCUCCUGCAAGCACACACCCCUAGAUAUGGUUAAAGUUGAAACGAGUUUGAGUGAUGAUGAAGGAAAACAGGAAGGAGAAAACAAUGAAAAUCCGGUGUUUUCUCCAUUAAGCUGCGAAUUAUGCAGUGAAACUUUCACACAACCGGCUGAAUGGGUUCGACAUAUUGAAAGUCAUAUGGACUGCCCAACGAAAUAUAUACCAAAGAAAAGGAAAAGAGUUACGAGUUCAUCCACUGAGAUGAUUGCGUCGCUGAAAUGUAACUUAUGUAAUACACAAUAUGAGACACCGGCUGAGUGGGUGCGGCACAUACAAAACACACACACUGAAACUGAGCUGGCCAUAUCCAACAAUAGUGAACUUCCAAAAUCUCGAAGACAUGUUGAUCGAUUUGUAAUGAAGGACUCCAUUAAGUACACAAAUGGCCAACUCAACAAUACGCCAGAAUUCUUUAGAGCGGCUCCCCCGAAAAAAGCCCGAGCAACCGACUACCAAAUGUAUAUAGAGAAGACCUGUGAUGUGUGUAAUAAAGACUUUUCAUCAUAUGCAAAUAUGAUCCUCCACCGGAAAACACAUGGAGGGGAAUUAUUUCCGAAAUAAAAUUCCACAAUGAAAAUACCACUGGAAUGAAAGGAAGGAGCGCCGGUGGUGUUGUAGGAAUUGUGAUAAAUUUCACUGGGAAAAGAGCCUCAAAUGCCCCACCCUGCUGAUUGCAACAUUAAAUAUGAGCAAAAGUUGGCAAGCGAUAGGGAAAUGAAAGCCUACGAACGAAAUCAACAAAUAACAAUUCAAAAUUUUAAUUCAAAAUAAAAUUUCAUACUUCUAAGCAGUCCAAUAUUCAAUGUGUA